AUGAGCCGACAGAAGCAAGUCUUGCCACCGGGGCAUUUCAGCCGCAUCUACAGGAUCAUUGGGAGAGUCGUCGGUGCUCGAGGUUUGCCGAAUACCGACGCAACAGGAAAGUCGGAUCCGUACUGUGUGGUCAAGGGCAUCCGGUCCAACAACCACAUGGUCAACAUUUAUUGCACCAGAACAGUGCAGAACUCGCUCUCCCCAAUAUGGGAGGAGGAGUUCGACUACCGCAUCCCACCCGAGUGGGGGUUGGUCGAGCUGGUCGGCUUGAAGGCUACGGUGUUCGAUGCAGAUGACAACACGACCAGCUUUUUAGGCACCGAAGAUUUCCUCGGUGGAUGUGACAUUGACCUUUCCAAUGCUGUGACUGGCCGUGCGCUUACUCAUGAAUUGGAGCUGGCGGGGGUGCCCGUGAACAAGGCGAAGGGCAAGAAACCACGGCUUACGCUUGUGGUCACCGUCUACAAGGAAGUGGUUCCAAAGCCGAAGCCUCAAAUGGACCUCUUGAUCGAGAGCCUGGAGUUCUUGGAGUACAUCCGCGAGGUGUCUGUGAAAGUCGUCGAGGCCAAGGCACUCCCGAAUGCGGACCUGGUGGGUUCGAGUGAUCCGCAGUGUGUCGUGCGACUCAUCAUGGUGAAUGGUGAGGUUCGAGAGUUGCACCGCACGAAGACCAUCAAGGAUAAUCUGAAUCCCAGGUGGGACGAGAUGUGCGGCCAGAAGUUCGAGUUUCUCGAUCAACCACUGCUUCUCGUCUUCGACAUAUGGGAUGUGGAUGGGCCAGGUCGCGCGGAGGAUGGUCAGCACCUGGGCUCGGCUGUGGUGCCACUCCUGGAGUGUUUGCCCGGGACGAACCGCAAGCGGAAGUUGCCCUUGCUGGGUGAGCAGCAGCUGCACGAAAAGCGGCUCACGCGGAUGGGCGUUCCCCGUGAGCUAGAGAAGGCCGAUGACGGUCGAGUUCCUGACGGAGAGCUGUCCGAAGUGUCCCUUGUCGAAGAGCCGAAACCAAAGCCCUCCUGCAUGGAAAG